CAGAGGGUCUUGGCUCUCCGCUGCAACUGCUGUUACUCAAGAAGAAUGGCGUUUUGGGGGAUUGAGCUGAAACCAGGAAAACCUUAUGUUCAUCAUUUCGGUGAUGACCGGGGGAGACUUCACUUAUCUCAGGCUACUUUAGGCUCAGGUAAGUCAUCCAAAAAGACCAUAGUACAAUGUAAUGUUGGAGAUAAGAAGCCAAUUUAUCUAUGCUCGUUGCUUCCUGAAAAAUUGGAGAAUUGCGCACUGAAUCUUGAGUUUGAGGAAGAUGAGGAAGUUACUUUCUCGGUCAUUGGACCUCAUAGCAUCCAUCUCUCUGGUUUCUUCUUUGGUGAAACCGAAGAUGAUGGUGUCUUAGAUCAUUAUGAGGGGCAUGUUCUUGAGACUGAAAGUGAAACGGAUGAUCCUCUUGAUUAUGAUUCUGAAGAUGAAGAUGAGGAUGACUUCAUUGAUGAUGAUGAUGAUCUUGAGAUGUAUCCAUCUUCACCUAUCCGCAACAGUGGAGUUAAAAUUGAGGAGAUAGUGGAUGAUAAGAAGCCCACCAAGGAAGUCGCCAUAUCUAAGCAAACAAAGAAAAAGGGAAAUCAUGAAGGGGAGUCCGAUAAAAAGGAAAACUCAGGCAAGGAGCUUGUUGUCAGGGGUACUUCUGUUACUCCCAUAUUGGAAAGUGAAGAUGAGGAUGGCUUCCCGAUUUCUUCCCCUGGAAAAAGGAAAAAGGAUGACUUGAUUACCAGAGUAACUGCAAAUGAAACUCAGGAUGAUAAUGCUGGUGAGGAAGCGAUACAAAAGAAAGGCAAAGAUGAUUUUGCCCCUAACAGAAGCUUAAAGAGAAAGGCUGAUGUUGUUGGCCAAGAUGAUGAGCACUCAAGGGAAAUUGGUGAAUCACGUGAUAAUUUAGCUCAAGUCGACAAUGCAGCUCCAGGAAUUGAUACCAAGCAAAAGAAAAAGAACAAAAAGAAAAAGAUUGCUAACAAGGAGGUAAUAGCACACGAAACCAAUGGCAACAAUGAUUUCUCCAAAGAGGAGAAUUCUGGUGAUAUGGUGCAAAAGCGAGUAGCUGACAUGGGAAAUGUUCUGGAGCCAAAUACUGAAAGGGAGAAGGAAAAGAAAAACAAGAAGAAGAAGAAGAAGAAGAAGCAGGAGACACCGGUGAGUUCAGAUCCUGGGCAAACCAUUUCAGAUAAGAUUGGGUCUAAGAUGGAGGUAGAAGAGAAGGCUGAAAAUAAGUCACUUCAAGUGAGGUCCUUCCCUAAUGGGUUGGUCAUAGAGGAGUUGGCCAUGGGUAAACCAGAUGGCAAAAGAGCUACUCCUGGACGAAAGGUUAGCGUCCUAUAUAUUGGAAAACUGAAGAAAAAUGGCAAAAUAUUUGACUCUAACAUUGGAAGAGCACCAUUCAAAUUUCGUUUAGGCAUUGGACAAGUCAUUAAAGGAUGGGAUAUUGGUGUUAAUGGCAUGCGCACUGGGGACAAAAGAAGGCUGACAAUUCCACCAGCCAUGGGUUAUGGAGCUCAAGGUGCUGGUGCAGCUAUACCACCAAACUCCUGGCUGGUUUUUGAUGUUGAGUUAGUUGAUGUGAAUUGAUGGGAUUUGUUUCUGGACAGUUACAUUCCUUUUCUGAAGAGUGGAACAUUUUCCUGCGAGAAUUUUGCUUCCCAAAUUUGUUACUGUUUGUACAGUAGUUGCAAGCAGCAAGCUCAUUAAUUAGACCCCAAAUUUUGUUGGAAUUUUUCGAGUGUUAAUGUCAUAUAUACCCUAUGGUGUCGAAAAACAGUUGCCCAAAUAGCAGAAGCAUUUUCUAUGAGAAAAUAUAAUUGAU